GAGAGGUUGUUUCUGCAGCUUUGACUCAGGUGGACUCGAACUGAACCUGAGAUGGAUUUAAAGGAUGUUCGCUCCUCAUUCUCUCGUUUCCUUCAGGAUCAAACUUCCCUGAACUGAGAUCAGUUCCGAGCUGCUGAUCGACUCGAGGCUGAAACAUGUGACUCCGACAGGUGAGAGACAUGCAACAUGGGCAGGGAUGGACCGCAGAGUCAGAGGUCACGUCGCACAGCAACCUGCGAGGUUCCAGGACACACGGAGCUGCCUGAGGAUCCCCUUCCUUCUGCUCUAUGCUGCUGUAGACGCCUCGGCCCGGAGCAGUGUGUGUGUGUGUCUGUGAAAGGGGACCCCCCCCCGCCCGUCCUCCAUGGCUCACUCGUCAGACCCGUCCCGCAGGGAGAAGACCCCCGGCCCACAGGGGUCGCACACCGCCACACGCAACCUCUUACGGAAGAAGGAGCAGCGGCGGCGUGGAAUCCGAUCCUCCUCGCCCAUGGGCCGGGUCAUCCUCAUCAACUCCCCUGUGGACGGUGGAGACGACAGCGAGGACCUCCACACCAUCACUGUGGAUAAGAGCGUGGAUGGGAAGCUCGGCUUCAGCGUGCGCGGGGGCUCGGAACACGGCCUCAGCAUCUUCGUCAGCAAGGUGGAGGACCACAGCACCGCGGAGGAAGCGGGUCUGCUCGUGGGGGACAAACUGGUGGAGGUGAACGGCAUCAGCCUGGAGAACAUCACCAUGAGCAGCGCCGUGAAGGUCCUGACGGGAAACAACCGGCUGAGGAUGGUGGUGAGGCGAGUCGGCAAAGUCCCCGGCAUCCGCUACUCCAAAGAGAAGACGACCUGGGUGGACUUGAUUCACAGGCGUAUGGUGGUGGAGGAGAGCGGGCGGACGCCGUCGGAGGCCAGCUCCGGCAGCGGCCUCCAGAGGAUCGUGCACCUGUACACCACCUCGGAUGACUACUGCCUCGGCUUCAACAUCCGGGGAGGGAAGGAGUUCGGUCUGGGAAUCUACGUCUCCAAACUGGAUCCCGGGGGUCUGGCCGAGCAGAACGGAAUCAAGAUGGGGGACCAGAUCCUGGUCGCCAACGGCCUGAGCUUUGAGGACAUCAGCCACAGCAGCGCGGUGGAGGUGCUGAAGAGCCACACACACGUCAUGUUGACCAUCAAGGAAGCAGGACGAUACCCUGCCUACAAGGAGAUGGUGGCUGAGUACAGGUGGCUCAAUAAGUUGGCCAACGGCCCCCAGAAAUCCUCCUCCCAGGGUUCAGACUCCAACUCGUCAGCCUCGUCUCUGUCAUCCGGGACGCCGGUCAGCUCUCUGAGCGGCCUGUCGCAGGUCAUGUUCCCCCCCAGCCUGCCGUUCGGCUCGGACAUGGUGGACGUCUCCAUCUCCACCGAGGACCAGAGGUUUGAGUCCGAGCGAACCGAGACCGCCAUCCAGACGGACCUCCCCUCUCAGAGGACGGGUGCAGACACCACCCGCAGCCUGGGACGCACCACCCUGCUCAAGGACACGUUGAUCCGCGGAGAGGAGGACAGCGGGAGGAAGGAAUCCCCCAAGACGGCCAUGCUGCUGGCUCUCAGCAUGCCGAGCCGACUCAUCAGCCGGUCGCAGAGCCAGGUCACGGUGGCAGAAAUCACGCAGAAGACAGAGAAGAAGCAGAAAGGGAAGGAGCCGGAGGAGAAGAGCACCCUGCAGCGCUCCAGGACCUUCGUGAACCUGCUGUUCAAGGCCUCCAGGGGGCGCUCCAAGUCCCCGUUCACAGACAAGACAAGCAAAGAGGGUCGAAAGCUCGGUGCGAUGCCAAAUCCAGAGAUGCUGCGGGUGGUGGAGGACAUGGCGCGCCGGCUGCUGCCCGAGGAGGAGGUGGCUGCUGUGAUGGCGACGUGCCGGCGGUACACAGCAGAGCGGUCGGUGGAGAACCUGAUACGCCACCUGCUGGCCGUGCUGGACCGGCCGGAGAAGCUGCUGCUGCUGAGGGAGGUCAGAAUGCUGCUUCCUCCGUCCGACCUGAGUGUUUUCAACAACAUGGUGACUCCCAUCGAAGUCGAGGCCUACGACAUCCUCAAGUAUCGCUCAGUUCGAACUCCUCCUCUUCGCUGCUCCACGUCUGGUCGAGCUCCCAAACGCCGUCUCAUCACUCCCAUCCCAGAUUACCGAGGAGGCUUUGAGCUCCACAGCGCCGAGGAGGUGGAGAAGGAGAGCCACCUACUGGGGGAGCUGGAGAGGCUCAGUCUGUCGGGGCCCCGGCGUUCCAAAGAGAGGCCCCGCGCCUCCACGUCCUUCACGCCGCUGCUGGACAUCCCGGUGGACGGCUACACCGCAGCCUCCGGGGAGCCAGGACCCCGCUCGGCCAGUCCCAUGCUCCCCAACUGGCUGCUGGCCCACAACGACGACCCCCGCCCCCCCCUCCGAACUGACAUCGGCACCAUUCGCUCCGUGCACUUCGACGAGGUGUCGCUCCACUCGGCCUCCGACAGGGCGGACACAGAGAGGGGACGGCCCCCGUUCAGAAACAGCCACCCCAAAGGUCAAAAGGAGCAGAGUGGAGGCCGGGGUAAAGACACCGUGUUCACGCUGCAGAGCGUCGCUCGCAGGAGUCGACCCUUGUUGUCGCAGGUGUUUGGUUCGAGUCCUGAUCAACAAGUCGGGAGCGAACAGAUGAACGGUCGUCUGGCGUCCGGCGAGAACGGACUCCACGGCUCGGACGCCGAACAGGAGUACGAGCUCAAAACUGUCAGCAUCUCCAAGACCAAACAGUCAUUGGGCAUCAGUAUAUCUGGAGGGAUGGAGUCCAAGAUUCAGCCGGUGGUGAAGAUCGAGAAGAUUUAUCCUGGAGGAGCCGCCUCCACCUGCGAAGUGCUCAAGGCUGGAUUUGAGCUGCUGUCUGUGGAUGGCGUCUCCCUGCAUGCGGUGACCCAUCCGCACGCGGUCGACAUCAUCCGAAAAGCCUUCAGCAACAAGGCCAAAGACCCCAUGGUGUUUGUGGUCAAAGUCCCCAGAACCGUUUAAGAGGAGACGGAGAUGCACAUGGAGAACUUAGAUCAAAACUCAGAGGGAGACGGGAAACUUGAACACGCCGCUGACCAGAGACCAGGGAUGUGGCGUUUUGUUAUAGUGACGCCACAGAUGCUGGUGAUUCCUGAGCUGAGGAGUAAAAAAGGAGCUGAGGCAGCAGCUCGUGGGACACAAGGAGAAUUAAGCCGAUGAAUUUAGAGGAGGAACGAGACUCGAUCAUGAAACAAGAGAUGCUCCUGAUGCCUUUACGUCGGUUUAUCACAACGCAGGAGCCACGAACCUGGGUUUCUUUUGACAUUAACAUUCAUCAGUGUAUGAAAAGAUACGCAAGUAGACGUGUCAUGGAUCAGCAGUUUGCGUCUGUGCUCUGGACUUUUUAAACAUGUAGGAUGACAGACUGUAGCCCGAGUGCCUUUAACAGCCCUGUGGACUGAAAGCACCGUUUUGACCUGUGGGGGGCAGACGUGAGCCAGAAACAUCUGUGCUGCAGGAAAUGAAGAAUAUUUUGAACACAAACCUUUAAAAAACAUUGUAUAAAUGAUUAAAUAAUCCAAACUGCCAUUGGGGCGGAUUACACAGCAGAUACAACUGUAAAUACUGAAGUUUGACGACAUGUACACUUGAACAAAAUAAACCCAAGAGUCUGAUUUCUGUGAUACGAUUAAAAAGUAUUAAAGCCAAUUAAAGGGGCCAAAAAUCUGAGAUUUCAAGAAUAGGAUCACGAUAUUACAAGAAUAAAGUUGUAAUAUUACGAAAAUAAAGUCGUACUAUCAUGAAAGUAAAUUCGUAAUUUACAAGAAUAUAGAAAUUCAAAAGUAAAAAGACUUUUUUCUAACCAAAAUUACUUUGUCAUAUUUUGACUUCAUAUCGAUUGUGACCUUAUUCUCGAUGUCUUUGAAUGAUGAUCUCUUCAUUGUGGCUUUAAUACUUCGUCACACUGUGAAAACUCAGGUCAACGAAGUUAGAAUUGAUACGUGUAUUUAAUCUGGUGAAAUAAAACAUUCACCUCUCGCUGAAGAGCCAA